ACAGACGCUGCUCAACCUCUCAACACUGACAGUCAGCCUCAAGUCGCCCGUCCACAGGUAAUCUAUAUUGUGAUCGUGUAAAAUGGCGGCCACAUCACACAUCUCACCGGAGGAGAUUGAGGAAUUGAGAGAAGCGUUCAGUAAAGUGGAUGUGGACGCUAACGGUUACAUCAGCACAGAUGAGCUGAAUGCCUUGUUUAAGGAAGCAAACUUGCCGCUGCCAGGUUACCGUGUGCGUGAGAUCAUAAAGGAGCUCAGCGCUACCAUGGACCUGAAUCAGGACGGAAAGAUCACCUUUGAUGAGUUCGCCAAAGUGGUCCAUGAUCUGAAGGGCUCACAGGUUGCAAAGACCUUCCGGAAAGCAAUUAAUAAGAAGGAGGGCAUCUAUUCUGUCGCUGGAACAUCAGAACAAUCUGGAACCCAACACUCGUAUUCUGAGGAGGAGAAGGUGGCCUUCGUGAACUGGAUCAAUAAAGCUCUGGAGAAAGAUGUGGACUGUCAGCAUGUCAUUCCCAUGGACCCGAGCUCUAAUGAUCUGUUCGCAGCGGUGGGAGACGGGAUUGUUCUCUGUAAAAUGAUCAACCUCUCUGUCCCUGAUACCAUUGACGAGCGAACCAUCAAUAAGAAGAAACUCACACCUUUCACCAUCCAGGAGAAUCUGAACUUGGCCUUAAAUUCAGCCUCUGCCAUUGGCUGUCAUGUGGUGAACAUUGGAGCAGAGGACCUGAAAGAGGGCAGACAGCAUUUAGUGCUGGGACUCCUGUGGCAGGUCAUCAAGAUCGGACUGUUCGCUGACAUUGAGAUCAGCAGGAAUGAAGCUCUGAUUGCGUUACUCAGGGACGGAGAGAGUUUGGAGGAUCUGAUGAAACUUUCUCCUGAGGAGCUUCUUCUGCGCUGGGUGAAUUAUCACCUGGAGGAUGCCGGAUGCCCCAAAAUCAACAACUUCAGCUCAGACAUUAAGGACUCCAAAGCAUACUACAACAUCCUGAAUCAGGUGGCACCUAAAGGAGAUGAGGAGGGAAUCCCGGCCAUUCCCAUUGACAUGACAGGAAUACGAGAAAAAGAUGACGUCAAGCGAGCCGAGUGUAUGCUGGAGCAGGCCGAUCGACUCGGCUGUCGACAGUUCGUCACGGCCACAGAUGUGGUCCGCGGAAAUCCUAAACUCAAUCUGGCCUAUGUUGCCAAUCUGUUCAACAAAUUUCCCGCGCUGAAGAAACCAGAGAACCAAGACAUCGACUGGAGCUCCAUCGAGGGGGAGACCCGAGAGGAGCGGACCUUCAGAAACUGGAUGAACUCACUGGGUGUAAACCCUCGUGUAAAUCAUCUCUAUUUGGAUCUGGCAGAUGCUCUGGUUAUCUUCCAGCUUUAUGAGAAGAUCAAAGUUCCUGUGGACUGGGAGAGAGUUAACAAACCACCGUACCCUAAACUGGGCAGCAACAUGAAAAAGCUGGAGAACUGUAACUACGCCGUUGAGUUGGGAAAGAAAGAGGCCAAAUUCUCUCUGGUGGGAAUAGCCGGACAGGACCUGAAUGAAGGCAAUCGAACCCUGACCCUUGCCCUCCUCUGGCAGCUCAUGAGGAGGUACACUCUGAAUAUUCUUGAAGAUCUGGGUGAUGGACAGAAGGUGAAUGAUGACACUAUUGUCAGAUGGGUGAACGACACACUCACACAAGCAGAAAAGAAACCCAUCAGUGGCUUUAAAGACGGAUCUAUUAGCAGCAGCAUGCCAGUACUGGACCUGAUUGAUGCCAUCCAGCCUGGAUCCAUCCGUUAUGAUCUGAUCAAGGCAUCAGACUUAACAGACGAUGAGAAACUCAAUAAUGCCAAGUACGCCAUCUCAAUGGCGAGGAAGAUCGGCGCACGCGUGUACGCUCUUCCAGAAGAUCUGGUGGAGGUGAAGCCGAAGAUGGUGAUGACGGUGUUUGCGUGUCUCAUGGCCCGAGGGAUGAGAAGAAUCUAAACAUCAUGGUUUCUUUGCCAAUAUAAUGAUGAUGCUUGUUUGUUUAACUGGUACUCAGCGUUUCACCGAAAACAAAAAAUCUGAAUAAACAAGUGUUUGUAAUCCUCAGGCUUGUAUAAGACAUGAUGAAGAUAUCUUUAGUGAAUAUUAAAGUGUUUUUCUGCUC